AUGGGCCAACAAGAGACCGACGUCGAGGCAAGGGACUAUGUGCCGGCUCCCCCAGUCUACGGCGAUGAGAAACGAAACGACAUGCGGGCGAUGGUCGAGGCCAGCUUGCACGACACCCGGUAUAAUCAGACGCAGCGAGGCCUGAAGUCGCGACAUGUCCAGAUGAUGGCCCUUGGAGGCACCAUUGGAACCGGUCUCUUCGUCGGCUCGGGUCAGGCCCUGGCAAAAGGCGGCCCUGCAUUUCUAGUUGGGGCAUACCUUCUCAUAGGUGUGCUCGUCUACCUUGUUGUUACGGCUAUAGCGGAGGUUGGUACCUACUUACCCGUCCACGGAGGUACGAUGAGCUACUACGGCUUCCGUUAUGUCUCGCGCAGCAUGGGCUUCUCACUCGGAUAUCUGUACUGGUACUCGCUGGGCAUCCUUGUACCGAACGAGAUUGUCGCCGCUUCUCUGAUCGUGGGCUACUGGGACGACUCUAUCAACAUUGCUAUCUGGAUCACCAUCUUCCUGGUCGUCAUCAUCGCUCUAAACCUUCUGCCCGUGCGCUGGUAUGGAGAGUCUGAAUUCUGGUUUGCUAGUCUUAAGGUCAUCAUGAUGCUAGGCUUGAUCGUCCUCGCCUUCGUCCUCUUCUGGGGCGGAGGCCCGUCCCACCAACGACUAGGAUUCCAUUACUGGACACACCCGCGGCCGGCGAAUGAAUACAUCGUCAAAGGUGAUGCCGGUCGGUUUGUGGCCUUCCUUAAAUGCGUCGUCCUCAGCGCUUUCGCAUUCCUGUUCGCCCCCGAGCUUAUCAUCCAGACGGCCGGCGAGAUGGAGUCGCCUCGACACAACAUUCCACGAGCCUCCCGCCGCUUUUUCUACCGUCUGGCCUUCUUCUACAUCCUUGGCUCCCUGGCCAUCAGCGUUACCUGCCCAUCGGAUGAAUCGUCCCUGACUAAUGGUGGCGCUGGCGCUGGCUCGUCCCCCUUCGUCUUCGGCAUCAAGAAUGCCGGUAUUGCUGUCCUCCCCAGCAUCGUGAACGCUGUCAUCCUAACCUCUGCCUGGAGUUCGGGCAACUCGUACCUCUACAUGUCGUCCCGAGCUCUCUACUCACUCGCCGUGGCCGGCGACGCUCCGCACAUCUUCAGGGCCUGCAACCGCUACGGUCUCCCUUACAUGGCGCUGGCAGCUAGUGCCCUCUUCCUCCCUCUCGCCUAUCUGGCUGUCGGCAGCGGCAGCUCCCGUGUCUUCAACUGGUUCGUUAGUUUCACUAACACGUCCGCGUUCAUCAGUUGGACCUGCUGCUGCAUCAUCCACUUCCGCUUCACCAAAGCCGUCAAAGUUCAAGGCAUCGAACUCACGUACAGGUCCAGGUUCCAACCUUGGGGAGCUCGUGUUGGUAUCUUUGGCUUCAUCUUCUUGAUCCUUAUCAACGGAUUCGACACACUCUUCCCUCAGAGAUUCAAUGCUUCUGACUUCCUGACUGCCUAUAUCGGCAUCCCGGCUUUCUUGUUAGUCUACUUUAGCCACCGCUGGUACACCAGAAGUGACCCCUGGUGCUGGCCGGCGGAGGAUAUAGACAUGGUAACCGGUUUGGACGAGAUCAUUGCCGCCGAGCGCCCAAUCCGCGAACACAAGGGAGUCAUGAAAUAUAUCAGCUACAUAUACGAGUGA